GGGAGAAUGCAGGGCGUGGAGCAAGGAGAAUGGAGGAAAAGGCUGCAGGUGUCUAGGUGGCCAUGACGUGUGGCUCACAGUGGACUCGUGCCCGCAGGGAGGAUGGAGGGGAGACGGGGGACAUCUACAUCUGGGGCUGGAACGAGUCGGGGCAGCUGGCCCUGCCCGCCAGGGGGCUGGCGGAGGACAGAGAGACAGUCGCAGGGGAAGCCACUGCACUGAGGGAAGACGGUUCUGGGGUGAAGGGACCAGCGGGGACUGAGGAUGGAGCCGCCGCCCCCUUCAUCGCCGUGCAGCCCUUCCCGGCGUUACUGGACCUGCCCCUGGGCUCGGACGCGGUCACGGCCAGCUGCGGGUCCCGGCACACGGCCGUGGUGACGAGGACCGGGGAGCUCUACACCUGGGGCUGGGGGAAGUACGGACAGCUCGGCCACCAGGACACCACCAGCUGGGACCGGCCCCGCCGGGUGGAAUACUUUGUGGACAAGCAGCUCCAAGUAACGGCGGUGCGCUGUGGGCCCUGGAACACCUACGUGCACGCAGUGGAGCAGAGGAGCUGAUGGCAUCCCAGGCUGCUGACCAGGACUGUGGCCGAGACCCCGGAGCACAAGCAGGUCUCUGGGCGGCUGCUGCACCGGCAGAUCAAGGGCAGGGUCCUCUGAUCCUGAUCCAGAUGUUGAGUCCCCGGAGCAGGUGUCGCUGCUGGUUUGGGGUGUGGAACCCUCCUGCCCUGGUGUCGCUCGGCCCCCAGCGCACACGCACACCAGCAAGCCUGAGUGAGGUGAGUCUGAGAAGAAGCCCUCGCAUCAAGCAGCUGGCACUCGGCAGGAGGAAAUCUGGUCCCUUCUAUUCUGCGUCUCAGCCGCAGCUGGUCAGUUAACCAACUGGAAGUUGGAAGAAAGAAUCGGGAAAGGAGAAGAUAACCAUGAUGAAGAUGAGACACACACACAGUGAGAAGUGACACGCUCACGCUGCCUGCAUCUAAGCCGCACCUGGACGCUUCCUGACGUCACUGGCAGCUCACAGGGAGAGCGACUUAGCAAGUGUUCCAAGAGGUUCUUAACAUCCUCAGGCUCCAGUGGUGAGAUGAAAUGCCAAUGAAAAAUGAUGCAAAACAUUUGCAAACAACAGAAGUGAAAUUGU